UCUUCCUUCAUCUUCCUACUCUCUCUCUCUCUCUCUCUCUCUCUCUCUUCCUCCAUUAUUACUCUCUCUUCCUUCACUUCCCUCUCUGUCCCUACUCACCCUUCCCUCCUUCACCGACACCCACGCCUUUUCAUCUUCCCAUUAUUUUCCCGGUUUCUUCUCCAUUGCCCAUUUCAUCAUUCGUCCUCUCUCCUCUCCGCCAUGGAUUCCCCAUCCCAUGGCGUCUCUCUCUUUUUCCUCUUUCUCACCCUUUUCUCCUUUCCCCCCUUCUCCUCCGCUUCCCUCCGUCGUAACCCACUUCCUAAAUCCCCUUCCUCUACCUCUACGGCCGCUUCUUCUCAGAUCAAUUCCAACUCCAUCCUCGUUGCCCUUCUUGAUUCACACUACACUGAACUUGCAGAGCUUGUUGAGAAAGCCCUCUUGCUUCAAACCCUUGAGGACGCUGUUGGAAAACACAAUCUCACCAUUUUUGCACCCAGAAAUGAAGCUCUGGAGCGGGAGUUGGAUCCUGAGUUUAAGCGAUUCCUUCUUGAGCCACGGAAUUUGAAAUCGCUUCAAACGCUUUUGAUGUCUCACAUCGUUCCUAAAAGAGUUGGGUUUAAUCAGGAUCGUUCUUCUUCUCCGGUUCGACAUCGAACAUUGGGGGAUUCCCAUUUGGAUUUGAAGAAUUCUGAUUCUGGUAAGAUAAUCGUUGAUUCAGCUGAGAUUGUUCGUCCCAAUGAUGUUGUUCGUCCUGAUGGUGUGAUUCAUGGAAUCGAGCGGUUGCUGAUUCCUCGUUCUGUCCAAGAAGAUUUCAACCGUCGGAGGAAUUUACAGUCGAUUUCCGCUGUUUUGCCGGAAGGUGCACCGGAAGUCGACCCACGAACUCACCGGUUGAAGAAGCCAGCUCCAUCAGUCCCUGCUGGAGCGUCUCCUGUUUUGCCAAUCUACGAUGCUUUAGCUCCAGGCCCAUCUAUCGCUCCGGCACCGGCUCCCGGCCCCGGAGGACCCCACCACCACUUCGACGGCGAGCGGCAGGUGAAGGAUUUCAUCCAAACGCUGCUGCAUUACGGCGGCUACAACGAGAUGGCUGACAUUUUAGUCAAUUUGACAUCUCUAGCUACAGAGAUGGGGAGAUUAGUCUCUGAGGGCUAUGUUCUUACAGUUCUCGCUCCGAACGACGAAGCUAUGGCGAAGCUUACAACCGAUCAGCUGAGUGAACCAGGGGCACCGGAGCAGAUCAUAUACUACCAUGUAAUCCCAGAGUACCAAACGGAGGAGAGUAUGUACAAUGCAGUUAGGCGAUUCGGGAAAGUUCGAUACCAAACGCUCCGGCUUCCACACGCUGUCAUGGCUCAGGAGGCUGACGGGUCGGUGAAAUUCGGACAAGGAGAAGGGUCUGCUUAUCUGUUUGAUCCUGAUAUAUACACAGAUGGUCGGAUAUCUGUGCAGGGGAUUGAUGGAGUUCUGUUUCCAUUGGAGGAGGAAAAAGCUCCAGAGAAGAAAUCAAAUUCAGCUCUUAAAGUUGCCACUAAACCAAGAAGAGGGAAGUUGAUGGAACUUACAUGUACCAUGCUUGGAGCAUUUGGACAGGACUCUCAUUUCUCCUCAUGCCUAUGAAAAAUUUAGGGUCCGUUGACAACGUUCCCAUUUCUUGUUUCUUAUUUGUUUUUCAUUUCCUAUUUUUUGAAAAUUAGAAACAGGAGUAUGUUUGAUAAUUAUUCAUAUUCGUUCGUUUCUUAAAAAAAAAUAAACAAAAAAUAAAGUCAAAAUGAUAAACAUUUACGAGAGUGGUAAGUUUAGUUGUUGCUUUUGCAAUUUAGUCCCUAUUGUUUAAAAAAGUUUCGAUUUUUAGUCCCUUAUAUAUUUUUACUUGGUGCAGCUAUAAAAUGGGGCUGUGUGUGUAAAGAUGAUUGGGGAGCAAGAAAAUGUAGAAAUUUUCUCGAGAAAAUCCGCACAGGAUAAUUUGAGUUUCUUUUUCUUUUUUUUUUCUUUAUUUUUUACAUUAUUAGGAAUACACUGUAAUUACAUAUAUUAUUUUUUGGUUAAUUUUUAUAUUUUUGAGGUUAA